AUGUCCAAGGUAAUUCAAUUUUUGCACCAAUCUCGUGUAACUAAUAAUGUCUCAGACAUCAAGAAACUCCAUGGUCACCUACUCAGAACAGGCAUGCUCUUCGUCUCACAUGAUUCUCACACACAACUCGUGCUCACAUACGCCGCAUGCCUUCCUAAGAUCGACCUUCGAUCACUUUACAAUUUUUUCAAAUGCAUGAACUCCAUCAACCCAUUACACUUCAAUGUCAUAAUAUCUGAUUUUUGUCGGAAAGGUUCCCCUUUUCUUGCUCUUACAGCUUUCUCCUUUAUGCACACAAAUGGUGUUCCCUUAGAUACCUACGCAUUGUGUAGCACUUUGAAUGCUUCGUCUAAAGUUAAAGAUGUUAAUUUUGGGAAACAGAUACACGCCCACGUGGGAAAAUCAGGUUAUGGCGAGGCUGGGUUAUGGGUUCAGGAACUUGAGCUAGUUAGGAAGAUGCCCAUGUUGAAAUUGAAGUAUGAUCACUUUACAUUAUCAGCAGCUUUGCGUGCAUGCACUGGAUUAUCUGCUGUUGAAAUGGGUAGGCAACUGCAUAGUUAUUUGCUCCGUACGACACCUGAUAUAGAGAGUGAUGUCUUUCUGCAAAGCGCACUGAUUGAGAUGUAUGGCAAAUGUGGCCUGGUAAAGAAGGCUUGGCAAGUCUUCAAGUUGGCUGGAAUGGAGAUCAGAAAAGAAAGAAUCAGAGACCUUGUGUUAUGGACUUCAAUGCUUGGUGUGUUUGGUAGAAAUGGACUCUACAAGGAAGUAAUUGAUUUGUACAAUGAGAUGUUGGUUGAAGGAAUCAGACCAGAUGGAAUAGCAUUUCUGACAGUAAUCUCAGCUUGUGGUCACACUGGCCAAGUACAAGCUGGUGUCAAGUAUUUUGAAUCUAUGGCUGAUGAUUUCAAGUUAGAUCCUGGUCCAGAACAUUACAGUUGCCUAGUUGAUUUGCUUUGUAGGGCAGGCGAAUUGCAGAAGGCAUGGGAAUUACUAAAUCAGACACUCUAUAAGGGAAGGGAAAAUUGUAUCAUCUCAAUGUGGGGAGCUCUACUCAAUGCUUGUGUGGAUCGUGGGAAUAUAGAGCUUGGCAAAUUAGCAGCUCAAAGGGCUCUUGAGUUAGAUCCUCAAAAUGUUGGGAUAUGCAUUAUGCUAUCAAACCUAUAUGCCCGGUUUGGUAUGUGGGAUGAGAUUGGACAGUUGAGGGUAUUGAUCAAAGCAAGAAGGUUAAGAAAAGAUGUUGGGUGCAGUUGGGUUCAGGUGACAAGUUGAUAAUGCGUUGGGAAUGCUUUCAAGUAAUGCUGCCUUUGAAAUCUUGAUGAUAGGUCUCUACUCCAAAUUCUGAAGAUGCCUAUCCUCACAAGUCACUACUGGGAAGGUAAUGCUCAAUUAGUUUUGGGUUAAAGAAUGUCAGACAUUCUAAGCAAUAAACAAAGAAAG